AUGCCUAGUCAGGGCGAGCCCGAAGCCCCCGCGGCCAACUCUGAGGACUCAAACAAUUCCGUCAUCAGCAUUAAGGUCAAAGAACAAAACGAAGCCGAGAUGUUGUUCAAGAUCAAGACAAAGGCGAAGCUUUGUAAGGUAUUUAAUGCUUACUGCGACAGCGCUGGUUUGAAGCGCAGCACUGUUCGCUUCCUUCUUGACGAAUCUCGCGUUCAAGAAGAGGAUACACCGGAAACACUGCAGCUAGAUGAUGGAGACAUGAUAGAUGCUAUGUUGGAGCAGCUUGUUUGUGAGGGGACACCGUCUGCAGAUGAUAAGCUUGAGGCAUCGAAGGCAAACGCUCCCGUGCACAUCAAGAUCAAAGUAAAGAAUCAGCAUGGCUCCGAAGUCACCUUCAAGAUGAAGAGAACAACUCCAUUGGAGAAGGUCAUGGACGCGUUCUGUAGCCGCCAGGAGAUCGAUAUAAAGUCCGUUCGAUUCCUUUUCGAAGGUCAACGCGUUCAACCUACCGACACCCCGAUAUCAUUAGAGAUGGAGGACGAGGAUAUAAUUGAGGUCUUUAUUGAGCAACUCGGAGGCGAGUUCAUUGAGGUAGAAGUCCGACCACUAGCUGCCUCAGGGAGGCUUCGCAUCAUAGUCAAGAACGAAACCGGCGAUGAGGUCACAUUCUUGAUGAAGAAGUCCGCUACGUUUGGCAGACUUCUUGCUGCCUACUGCCAGCGAUUAGAGAUCAACACUACCUCGGUACGAUUUCUAUGGAAGGGAUCCAGAGUUCAACUAAGUGAUACCCCUGCCUCUCUGACCUUUGAAGACGGAGAAAUAUUCAAAGUCUUUAAGGAGCAAGGUGGUCCCGACCCAAUCAAUGCGACUGCCGAAAAGGAGGUUGCUGGCCCAGUUAUCCCGACAAUCAUUACAAUCGCCCUGGUCAACGGUGAUUUCCGCCUGCAUGUUCACAAGCUCCUUUUCAAGUUGAAGCUUACCACGAAGUUGAGGAGACUGAUGGAUGUUUACUGCGAGAGACAGGGCGUUGAAAGCCAUAUGGUAAGAUUUUUUGCUGGUGGCACACGAAUUUGUGACGACGACACUCCACGAUCCUUGGAACUUGAGGACAAUCAUGUGAUUGAAGUAUUUGCGGAGCAAAUUGGAGGUGGCGCAGAGGAAGGGGACGAUGCUGCUGCAGGCGAUGAGCAAGUGGCAAAGUCCAAAGCCCACAAGUUAUCGAUUAAGGUGGUCAACGACCGCGGCGAAGAAGUCGUAUUCCAAUGCAGACCGACAACUUUGCUCCAAAAGCUCAUCGACACGUACUGCGCCAGCAAGGACCGAAAGCCAAGCUCUCUACGAUUCUUCACGCCGGGUGGCCAGCGGCUUAUGGAAGGCUCUACUCCUGCGUCUUUAGGGAUGAAAGAUGGAGAUAUCAUUGAUGUCCACGAGGAGCAGCAAGGCGGUGGUUUCUGA